UGGGGGGGGAGUGUUGGACUUUGUCCUGAGCUAUUUUAACUGUACAACUUUAUCAGAGGCAGAAUCAUUGCAGCAUAAGCAGCCUUCCUCUGACUUUGCUCUUGAGCAGAGCAGCUAAAUUAAACCCCACCGGGAGUUUUUGGUUUUUGUUUUUUUUAAAAGCUUCAUUGUCUUAUUUUUAUUUAAAAAAAAAAAAAAGAAGAAGACCAUCAUGAUCAGCCGAAACUUUAAGAAUGUGUUGGUGGUCUCCAUUGGAUUUCUGUCUCUGUUCACGGCUUAUGGAGGCCUGCAGAGCUUACAGAGCAGCUUGAAUGCGGAGCAGGGGAUGGGCGUUGCAUCCCUGAGCGUCAUCUACGCCGGCAUCAUCAUCUCCUCCAUGUUCCUGCCGCCCAUCAUGAUUAAAAACCUGGGCUGUAAAUGGACCAUCGUCGCGGGAAUGGUCUGUUACGUGUCCUACUCAUUCGGAAACCUCUACCCUGGAUGGUACACCCUCAUCCCAACCUCCUUCAUCCUGGGUUUGGGCGGAUCCCCUCUGUGGUCGGCUAAAUGCACCUACCUGACCAUCUCUGGGAAUGUGCAAGCCGCCAAGCACAAUAAGAAGGGUGCUGAUGUGGUCAACCACUACUUUGGGAUCUUCUUCUUCAUCUUCCAGUCAUCUGCAGUUUGGGGAAACCUGAUGUCGUCGCUCAUCUUUGGGCAGGACACCAACAUCUCCGACAUUCCAGAGGACAUUCUAAGUACCUGUGGAGCAUUUGGCUGUGGAAUCACUAUCAAUACCAGCAGCAGCAACAGUACCUCCAGCAGACCUGCACAGAAGCUUGUGUGGACGCUUCUCGGGUGCUACAUUGGGGUUGGCGUUCUAGCGAUACUCAUCGUGUCGAUAUUUCUGGACAACAUCGACCACCAGCAGACCAGCCAGUUUCGGGGGAACCGGGAACCGUUCUGCCACACGUUCCUGGCCACGUUCAGGCUGCUGAAGGACUGGAGGCUCCUGACGCUCAUCCCGCUCACCAUCUACAGCGGCUUCGAGCAGAGCUUCCUCUCCGGGGAGUACACCAAAAACUACGUAACUUGUGCUUUGGGGAUCCACUAUGUCGGUUAUGUGAUGAUGUGCUUCGGAGCGACUAAUUCGCUCUCCUCCUUCCUGUUUGGGAGAAUCGCUCGCUACACCGGAAGGGCCGCCCUCUUCUUCUUUGCUGGUGCGAUCAACUUGGCCUGCAUCAUCGCCCUCCUGUUCUGGAGGCCUCAUCCUGACCAGCUGCCUGUGUUUUUCGUUUUUCCCGCUCUGUGGGGUAUGGCGGACGCUAUCUGGCAAACUCAGACUAAUGCUCUUUAUGGCGUCCUCUUCCCGCGGGACAAGGAGGCCGCCUUCGCCAACUACCGCAUGUGGGAGUCGCUUGGUUUCGUCAUCGCCUUCGCCUACAGCACCUUCCUGUGCGUGGAGUAUAAACUGUACAUCGUGCUGGCUGUUCUGGUGAUUAGCAUGAUCACCUACCCCGUAGUGGAGUACUACGAGUACAGGAAUCCCACCCAGCCCAUUGAACAGGCCACCUAUGAGAAUCCCAAAAACAAAGCAGAGGAAGCGGGCAUCAUUAGCCAGACUUGGAUGUAGACGCGUUGCCAUUUUAUUGUUUCCUUCUUUGACUGCUAAUCCAGAACUCCUGCAACUGAAACUGAAAAAAAGUAAAAUGACUAUAAAAAGGUGGAAAGCCUUUACUUUUUCUUAAAUAGACCUCUUCUUGUUGGUUUUCUGGACUUUUUUUGCACUGCUAAAACCAGAACAAAUGUCAGAAUAUAAAAUGUAACAUUAAGUUAAAAGCAGAAACUGACAUCACAAACUGAUUUUUAAUGUUUUUAAUCUUCAAAGGUGAAACAUUAUGCUCCCUUGAACAGGUUAGAAUAAGUCUAUGUAUGAGCAAACAGUCUGUAGCUCCCCCUGGGUUGCUAGGUAAUGGGCGGGGCUCUGCACGGGUUGCUAGGUAAUGGGCUGGGCUCUGCGUGGGUUGCUAGGUAACCACGUAGUGCCAGUGAAAUGUGACUUGUUUUUGAAAUGUAUUUUUAAGACAUAAAAAAGCAUCAACUUAUUGCAGAUUUUUAUUUUUCUUAAGCGUUUGUGGGUUUUCUUUUAGUGAUUUUGCACAAUGUGUCCCCUUUAAAUACAUUAAAUAAAAAUGUCUUAGUUAAAUUGAUAGAUAUUAUUGAAAUUUCAUUGUUAUCUCUGUAAAUGCAUCUGUUCCUACAUGUUUAUUUGUUGAAAUCUUCAUAAACAUUUGCUGAAUGUUGGAUUUUACCUUUUUAUUUUUAACUAUCUGCUCAUAAAACCCAACAGCCUCCUUACAAUAAACUAUGUUUUUUACUCCACUGUAAAUAAAAUAAAAUGUAUACUGUUUAUGUAAGUUUAAGUAAUAAAUGUGUUCAUUUGA